AUGCCGCCUGCCCCCUCCCGCAAGCGCCAGAAGACCGAGCUACCCACCUCGGCCUACCCCAACACGCGCUCGGCCUCGUCCAACCCGGCUCCGCUCGCUCCCCCACCUCCCGCCGCCGACACCGCCAUGCACCGCGGCGACUCGGACCAGGGCUACGGCGGCGACGACGACGACGACGAGCCGUUCGAGUACGACAGCGACUACGCCGGCGACAACGACCCGGACGUCAUGGUCCUCGACUCUCCCGCCUCGGCUCCCGCCGGCACGCGCGACAGCGACCGCGACGACGACAAGGACGGCGACGACGAGGGCGAGGACCAGCUCGAGUCCGACUCGGACAGCGACCGUCCAGUCGAGACGCUCGUCCUGAGCGACUUGGACGACGCGCCCCCGCCCGAGCCGCGCGGCGGCGGAGGAGGACCGGCCCCGACUUCGACCAAGGGCAAGGGCAAGCUCACGGCGCGCAAGCAGUUCGCCCUCGACGUCCAGCAGGUGCACGACCGCUUCGCCGCCGAGGACAAGGCGCUCGUCAAGAACUUCAAGCGCGACGAGGGCGACGACGCCGUCCGCUUCGCCCUCGAGCACCCCAAGUUUCCGCGCGGCUUGCGCAUCUCGCUCCUGUUCCCCGAGCUCGGCGGGUACCCGCUCGGGCACGAGGUCGUCGCCUUCACCGAGCACGAGGAGGUCCCGGACGAGGUCUCGGUCGCGCUCCAGGAGGUCUCGCAGCUCCCGAAGCAGGCCGACCGCUCGCUCAACGGCCUCGUCGAGUUCCUCGUGCACCGCAUCGUCCAGGGCGAGCCCAACCCGUGGACCAACCAGCCCGAGGCGGACGAGGACGAGUACGCGUACGAGGACGAGCUCGAGAACCUCGAGGUGAGCAUGGCCAAGGACAGCGAGCUCUUCAAGACUCUCCGGGCCGACUUCAAGCAGCUCAUCGACGCCGGGUACCGCCCGGGCUUCACGCGCCUGUCGGAGCUCGACCUCGUCGUCUCGGUCGCCAAGAAGGUCAACCUCCUCGACGUGCCGGCGCGUGCGCUCCAGGCGUGGGACAGCAAGCUCAUCACGGGCCACGUCGUCUACCUCGUCCUGCUCAUCAACUUUGGCCCCAACUACCCGGUCGACCUCGACAACCAGACGACGGGCCAGUGCCGUUUCAAGGUCGGCGUCUCGCCACGGUACAAGCCCGUCCGCGCCGCUGUCGCCGCCGCCUUCCGUGCGCACAGCUCGAACCCGUACACGAAAGACGAGUUCGAGGCCAUCUCGCUGUCGGCGCCGCUCGACGCGCUCCUCAACGACAAGCUCGGCGAGAUCCUGCACGUGCGCCGCUCGAACGAGCGCAUCGGGUGGGCCGGCGCCGAGCAGCACUGCUUCGAGGCGGGCAGGAGCGACGACAAAGCUGUCGACCGCAAGCUCGCGCGCGCCGCCGACAAGGCCGAGCUCGAGGUGUCGCAGACGCUCCCGCCGGACCCGAUGGCGAGCCUCGCGACGGCGCACAACUUUCCGCUCCUCGCCUUCUCGUACCUGAUCCGCCGCUUCGUCAUGUGCCCGAGGUUCUGCCUGAACUGCUACAAGCGCUGCGACCAGGUCAUCACGGCGCUCAAACCGUUCGUGUGCGAGAGCCCGUUGUGCCUGUUCCAGCUCAUCGCGCUCGGCCUCGGUCCGUCGCUCGAGCACGAGAUCACGACCAACUCGGCGUCGGUCGACCUCCUCGUCCAGCUCACCUACAUCGCCGCCAAGGAGAACGGCCUCAAGGGCGACCUCCUCCCUGUCGGUCUCGAGCUCAAGGUGCCCAAGGACCUGACCGGCAACUUCGAGACGCCGAUCGUUUCGGCGGCGGGGGUCCCGGCGACGACGAUGGCGACGACGACGGUCGAGCAGGAGACGGUCGACCUCGACACGCUCGGCGACGACUUUUCCAAGUGCGGCGGCGUCGCCCACCUCAUCAACGAGCUGCCGCCGAUCAGCGAGAUGCGCGUGUGGCUCCUCGGCGAGGACAUGACGGCCGACGAGCGCCUCCUGAACCGCACGCGCAAGCUCGUCGACAUGCGCGGCGGCACCAUCUCGAUCUCGGCGUGGAGGCUCCUGCGCUGGAUCGUCGCGAGCAACACGUCGUACCUCAAGCUCAUCGAGGAGGAGGACGAGCUCAUCCAGGGCAUCGGCAAGGACUGCAGGCAGUUCCGCCUUGUCGUCGGCAGCCCGGCCAAGGAGCACCUCCUCGCCGAGAGCGUCAAGACGGCGCAGAUCGAGGACGCCAACGCGCAGCGCUACCCGACCCUGUUCGCGUUCCACGGCUCGAGCGUCAAGAACUGGUCGAGCAUCCUGCGCCAGGGCCUGCACUUCCGCGAGACGAUCAACGGGCGCGCCUACGGUCACGGUGUCUACUUUGCCAAGGACGGCAGCGUCUCGCUCGGGCACUAUGCCGCGCCCGCCACGACUGUGUGGAAGAACGCCGAGUACCACGUGUCGAAGCUCGCCGCCAUCUGCGAGAUCACCAACCUCCCGGCCAAGUUCGUGUCGAGCAACCCGUACUUUGUCGUCAACCAGCUCGACUGGAUCCAGGCGCGGUACCUCAUCGCGCAGGCGAGCAGCGCGACGGCCCAGGUCCAGGUCGCCGAGGCGGCCGCGUCGGCGUCGGCGGCGAGCAAGAAGAAGAGCAAGGGCGACGCGCUCAAGACGAUCUCGCUCGACCCCAAGCACCCGCUCACGAUCGGCAGCACCAAGCUCAUCAUCCCCGACGUCGGCGACAAGCUCGCCAAGCUCGAGGCGAGCCUCACCGACAAGGUCGAGGAGCUCAACGUCUCGGACUCGGAGCUCCUCGAGGAGCCGCCGAUCGUCGUCGGCGAGAGCGGCGCGUCGUCGCAGUCGGCCGGCGCCGGCAAGGGCGGGCUCCGCACCAAGCUCCGCCGCGGCACGUCGAGCCUCGGCGGUAGCGGCCUCCUGAGCCCGACCAUGGGCGCCACCAAGGGCAAGAGCGCGGCCAAGGGCAAAGAGCGCGCUGUCGUCGCGCCGCCUGCGCCCAAGGAGGAGCCCGACACGUUCGAGCCGGCCGACGCGGCGCGCCUCGCCCUCGUCAAGCAGAUCCCGCCGCCGAGCAAGCCGAGUCGCGGCGCCAUGGCGAUGAUCCAGAAGGAGAUGCGCGCCAUGCUCAAGGCGCAGAAGGACCUCGGGCCGACAAGCGCCGGCUUCUUCUUCGACCCGGAGCGCUCGGACGACAACGCGUUCAAUUGGGUCAUCGAGCUGCCGCGCGAGAGCUUCGAGGAGGACCUGCCGCUCCGCAAGGACAUGGACGCCCGCGACGUCAAGAGCAUCCUCAUGGAAAUCCGCUUCGGCGACACGUUCCCCUUCUCGCCGCCGUUCUUCCGCGUCGUCCACCCGCGCUUCCUCCCGUUCGCGCACGGCGGCGGCGGGCACGUCACGGCCGGCGGGUCGAUCUGCAUGGAUGAGUCCCUCCUCCCUCGGUCGUCGUCGUCGUCGCGAGCGCGCGAGCCUGACCCGGACCUUCUCGUUCCCGCGACAGUACACCUCUUGACGACCGACGGGUGGAGCUCGGUGUACACGAUCGAGGCGAUCCUGCUGCAGAUCCGCAUGGCCAUGUCGAACCUCGAGCCCAAGCCGGCGCGCCUCGACCAGGGCAAGCAGUGGAACCAGCCCUACUCGAUGGAGGAGGCGAUUGCGGGCUUCCGCCGCGCGGCGCAGACGCACGGCUGGCAGGUGCCCGCCGAGCUCGACACGUUUGCGGCGCAGGGCUGA